AUGUAUACAGGUCGAAAAGGAGUAAAGGAUCCAGUGUUUUCUGAUGAAGUAUCCAGCACCGAGGAUUCUCCGGACAACAAAGGAAUUGAUGAUCCUGUAUUUGGUGCUUAUUGGUAUGAUUAUUCCUACAAAAAAUCCAAAACCAAAGAUGAUUCAAACAAAAAAUCAAACACCGAAGAUUCUUCGACAAACAAAGGAGUCAAUGAUCCUGAAUUUGGUGCUUAUUGGUACGAUUAUUCAUACAAAAAAUCCAAAACUGGAGAUUCAGGUAAAAAUUCUAACACCGAGAAUUCUCCGACAAAAGAAGUAAGAGAUGAUCCCAAAGAAUAUACUCCGAUAAACAAGAAUGUAAAUAGAAAAGCUUUGGGGGGACAGAGUAAGCAAGAAAAUACAGCUACAAAUGAAACCAUUUAUUUCCUUGAAGAGACUCUUUUCCCCGGUACGAAGGUGAACUUACCAAGACUCUUAGAGAAGAGGGACAUGACCACAUUCUUGCCCCAGCAAACUGCAGACUCGCUGCCGAUGUCAGACGAUAAGUUAUUACCGGAGAUCUUGAAAAACUUCUCGUUGAAAGCCGAAUCCAAGGGCACGGGUUACGUGAAGAUAGCAUUGACGAACUGCGCGAGAGAUGAAAUGAGAGGCGAGACUAAGUAUUGCGCCUCAUCAUUAGAAUCCUUCGUCGAUCUAGCCGUUUCGCUCUUCGGGGAAAACAUUCGAUUGAUUUGGCAUGAGCUUGGGGACGAAACGAAGAACCCGUCGUUUACGAUCGGUAAAGUACGGAAAAUAGGAGAGAACGAUAUCGUUUGCCACAAGAUGAAGUACCCGUAUGCAGUGUAUUUAUGCCAUGCGAUUGAGAAAACCGUGGUUUAUAAAGUUCCACUCGCAAGCGACGACGGGACAAAGGCUAACGUCGUGGCGGUUUGCCAUCUAGAUACGUCGGCUUGGAGCCCUAACCAUAUGGCGUUCAGGACACUUAAAGUGAAGCCGGGAACUGUUCCGGUUUGCCAUUUCCUUGCUCGUGACACACUCGUCUGGGUCCCCAACUGA